AUGGCUGAUCUCAGCAACAUCCUCGCUGCUCUCGCAGCGCAGCGGCAAGGAGGAACACCCUCACAAGCUCCUCCUCCACCUGUGCCUGGCAUGCCGUAUCCACCACCUCAAUAUGCCUCUCCUCCUGGUAGCGCUGCACCUUAUGGUCUUCCGCAACCAAUCAACUCUGGCAGCGUCGAUCUCGGAGGCAUAAAGCCUAUCAGCUCUGGAUCUGUUAGCAUUGCCGAUGCGAUCGCCAAAGCUCGAGGAAUCGCGGCUGAGAAAGGCAUCUCCUACGACCCCAGUCGACCUCCUAUCAAUCCCGACCCUAGAACCGGAAGCAGAGGCUACCGACGCUCGAGAUCGCCGUCCAGAUCCCCUCCGCGGCGAGACGGCUAUCGAGAUGCUUAUAAUCCCUACAGAGACGAUAGACGGGCAAAUGACCGCGGAUUCAACAGGGAUCGCUCUUUGUCCCCACGGGCUGCACCAUAUUCUCCGGGAAGAUUCAGAGAUGACAGAUCACCCGGGCGCGACCAGGGAGGUGAAGGGGAAUCGGAAAUCCUACCUUUAGACAAAGGCGUGGUCGGGCUCAUCAUCGGCCGGUCUGGGGAAAAUCUGCGACGGGUCGAGAACACCACAGGUGCUCGUGUCCAGUUCAUGGACGGUCCCGAAGUCCCUGGUCCUCAGAGGCAUUGUAGGAUAACGGGGCCCCGAGCUGCACGUGCCGCUGCCAAAAAUGAAAUCUUCAGGAUCAUCGAUGACAACGAAGUUUCGAAGAGAGGCGGCCCAGCUCAAGAAAAACUUCGCCAUCAGAGCAAAGUGACGACAACCAAAGAAGGCGAUAGUCUCCAAAUGAUGGUUCCCGACCGAACGGUUGGAUUGAUCAUCGGACGUGGAGGUGAAACCAUCCGCGACUUGCAAGACCGGAGCGGCUGUCAUGUCAACAUUGUUGGAGAGAACAAGAGCAUCAAUGGAUUGCGGCCUGUUAAUCUGAUUGGAAGUGCGUCAGCGCAGCAGUACGCGCGAGAUUUGAUCCUGGAGAUCGUGGAAAGUGAUCAGAAGGGCAUCAGCGUGAAAGACCUCCACCGCGAACGAGAAGACUCGCACGGCGGCGGCGCUGGUGGCGGCAAGAUCAACGAUAGUAUCGUCGUGCCCGGCGAUGCAGUGGGCAUGAUCAUUGGCAAAGGCAGCUGCUUAGGGGGUGAGUCUAUCCGUGAUAUGCAGAAUCAAACAGGGUGCAAGAUCAAUGUCUCGCCAGCAAGUGGACGAGACAUUGAACGUGAAAUUGGACUUAUCGGCAGCCGCCACGCCAUUGAUGCAGCCAAGCGUGCUAUUAUGGAGAAGGUGGACGUUGUGCGUGCUCGCACCCAAGCUCGUGAACGUGAAAGUCGAGACGACUACGGAGACAGGUACUCGGGACAACAACCCAGCUAUCCCGCUGCCGCUGCCCUCCCCACGCAAGUGGCAGCACCUCCUCCAGCCGCUGGGGCUGCAGACCCUUAUGCCGCCUAUGGUGGCUAUCAGAAUUAUCUCCAGAUGUGGUACGCCGCCAUGGCACAACAACAAGGUGGCCAGGGCCAAGGUGAGCAACGAUGA